AGACUACAUUCAUUGAAAUAGUCACUGAGGAAAAUACAUAGUUGUCAUAGAAUCAUAAAAUUCGCUUUCCUCUUCUGUAACACAAGAUCAAUAUCCUUUUCAAACUUAAGAUUUUAUGACAUCUGAAUGACUUUAAGUAGUUUCUUUACUGUAAAUUGUGAAUAUCAGUAUCUGCCAUAUAAUUUGUAAGUUGUAUAGAGAAUUAAGUGAUGCAAAUGUGCUUCUCAUUGAUUUUAAGAACUAAGUACUUUCCUUGAAGAGUGACUAUUGAGGACAGAAGAGAAAAACGCGUGUUUACUAGCAAGAAGUGUUACUAUAACAAUAACGUCGUUAUCCGUGACUAUGGUCGAACGGAACCACACACGCCGUCUUUCGCGGUUGUCGCUCCGGGUCUUUUCCUGGUUGUACCUCAGACCCUUCCUUUUUCCGUCCCCAGGAAGUGAAAGCCUUCGCCCCCUCCCCCCUGUCCCAGCCAAUGCAUGUUGGGAGUUGUAGUCCCCUUCCUAAAGCCUGGGAGCAGCCGUGAGGUCAUCGGUGGUCGCCUGGAGCCGUUAGCACGUGGCGGGUAAGGGGCGGUGCGCGCUCGCUGCCCUCACUUGUGAGGGGCAGGAGCUGGCGGCGCUUGCGCCUCCCGCCGCGGUGCCCUCCCGACAUGCCGGAGGAGGCGGGCUUCCCGCCGGCCAAGAGAUUCCGGCCGGGCUCUGGGCCUCCGAGCCGCUCAGGGUCCUUCCCUCCCGGGAGGCGAGUGGUGAUGCUGUUGACUGCGGGCAGCGGCGGCAAAGGCGGAGGAGGAGGCCGUAGGCAGCAGCCACCCCUGGGCCAGCCCUCGGCCAGUCCCUACCGUGAGGCCGUGGAGCUGCAGCGCCGGAGUCUGCCCAUUUUCCAGGCGCGGGGGCAACUGUUGGCCCAGCUCCGAAACCUGGACAGCGCCGUCCUCAUCGGGGAAACUGGCUCAGGGAAGACAACUCAGAUCCCUCAGUACCUGUAUGAAGGGGGGAUCAGCCGCCAGGGCGUCAUUGCUGUGACCCAGCCUCGUCGGGUGGCUGCCAUCUCUCUUGCUACUAGAGUCUCAGAUGAGAAGAGAGCUGAACUUGGGAAGCUGGUUGGCUACACGGUGCGCUUUGAUGAUGUCACCUCAGAAGACACCAGGAUCAAGUUUCUAACAGAUGGCAUGCUUCUGCGUGAAGCAAUUUCAGACUCCCUGCUUCGGAAGUACAGCUGUGUCAUUUUGGAUGAAGCUCACGAACGGACCAUCCACACAGAUGUGCUCUUUGGGGUGGUGAAAGCUGCACAGAAGAAGCGAAAGGAAAUGGGGAAACUGCCUCUCAAAGUGAUUGUGAUGUCAGCCACGAUGGAUGUGGACCUGUUCUCUCAGUAUUUCAAUGGCGCCCCUGUCCUCUACCUGGAGGGGCGGCAACAUCCAAUCCAGGUUUUUUACACCAAACAGCCUCAGCAUGAUUACCUGCACGCAGCGCUUGUCUCAGUCUUCCAGAUCCACCAGGAAGCCCCUCCUUCUCAGGACAUCCUGGUGUUCCUCACGGGUCAGGAGGAAAUUGAAGCAAUGAGCAAGACCUGCCGAGACAUUGCAAAGCACCUUCCAGACGGCUGCCCCUCAAUGGUGGUCCUUCCUUUGUACGCCUCCCUGCCCUAUGCACAGCAGCUCCGUGUCUUCCAAGGGGCCCCAAAGGGCUAUCGCAAAGUGAUCAUUUCAACCAACAUCGCUGAAACCUCCAUAACCAUUACAGGAAUAAAAUAUGUAGUUGACACUGGCAUGGUUAAAGCAAAGAAGUAUAACCCUGACAGUGGUCUUGAGGUGUUAGCGGUGCAGCGGGUAUCAAAGACCCAGGCCUGGCAGCGCACAGGGAGGGCUGGCAGAGAGGACAGUGGCGUCUGUUACCGGUUGUACACUGAGGAGGAGUUUGAGAAGUUUGAGAAGAUGACUGUGCCAGAGAUCCAAAGGUGUAACCUGGCCAGUGUGAUGCUUCAGCUCCUAGCAAUGAAAGUCCCAAACGUGCUCACCUUUGACUUCAUGUCCAAACCGUCUCCAGAUCACAUUCAGGCGGCCAUUGCCCAACUGGACCUGUUAGGUGCUCUUGAACAUAAGGAUGACCAGCUUACCCUGACUCCAAUUGGAAGAAAGAUGGCAGCAUUUCCUUUAGAACCCAAAUUUGCCAAAACCAUCCUCCUGUCUCCCAAAUUCCACUGUACAGAGGAGAUCCUGACCAUUGUCUCCCUGCUGUCUGUGGACAGCGUCCUCCACAACCCACCUUCCCGGCGGGAUGAAGUGCAGGGGGUCCGGAAGAAGUUCAUAUCCAGCGAGGGGGAUCACAUUACCCUGCUCAAUAUCUACCGAACCUUCAAAAACAUAGGUGGAAAUAAGGAUUGGUGCAAAGAGAAUUUUGUCAACAGCAAGAAUAUGAUGCUAGUAACCGAAGUGAGAGCACAGCUGAGGGACAUCUGCUUAAAGAUGUCAAUGCCAAUCUUGUCAUCCCGAGGAGACAUGGAGAGCGUCCGCCGCUGUCUGGCUCACAGCCUCUUCAUGAGCACCGCUGAGCUUCAGCCAGAUGGUACCUAUGCCACCACGGACACCCACCAGCCAGUGGCCAUCCACCCCUCAUCUGUCCUCUUCCACUGCAAGCCAGCCUGCGUCGUGUACACCGAGCUGCUUUAUACCAACAAGUGCUACAUGCGGGACCUCUGCCUUGUGGAUGCCGAGUGGCUGUAUGAGGCCGCCCCCGAGUAUUUUAGGAGGAAGCUGAGAACCGCCAGAAACUGAGCUGUUCCAGGGUGCUGCCAGGAUUGCUGGUGCCUGGGAGCGUGGACCACAGCUAUCCUCAUAGCAGACUUCCAGGUUGGCACCUAGAGAAGCGGCAGAUUUUAGUGCAGCUAAAUGUGCCCAACUUCCAGGAGCUCGAAAGCAUCUUUGCUUAAACGUGUGGCACUGAGCCAUGUAGAUGUGUACAUAUCAUUUAUAUCCUGAAAACUUCAGAAUUACGUUUUUGGUUCUUGCUGGGUGACUUUGGGUGGCUUGGUUAACUUCUGAGCCUCAGUUUCCUCAUCUGCCAAAUGGGGAUAAUAAUAGUAAUACUUACUGGGGUCGUGAAGUGUAGAGAAAGUGAAUAGAAAGUACCCAGAGCUAUUCCUGGCACAUGAAAGACACACAGUGAGCUGUGAGCCAUUAUGCUUAAUGUUACUGCUUUCUACGUGAUGUGAAUUAAGUACCACAAAAUACCAAGUUCUUGUGACUGAGGGGGAUUUUCUAGAAGGGGGCCACAGGAGGUUGCAGAGCUUGGAUGUUUGUUGUCCUUGGUUCUAUUUUAAUGUCUAUCGGUAGGAAGCUUUAAAAUGGCAAAUACAAACAAUUGACUUCUGUAGAAGUUUCCAGAGGGGGAGGUGCUGUUUCUUACCUCCUGGGAUGACCAUCCCUACUGAACCCUCAAGUCUCAGGGGGUGGACUCCCCUCUGUCUUCAAGCAGAGCCCAGUGGAGGCGUCACUUGGUCCUCCAUACUUCUGUGAUGCAUGUUCCCUUUCAGUGCUUUCAAGAGACUUAAGUUUCCUGGGCAAAGGUUGAUUUUUACCUUCUGAAUCCUGUCAAGUGUAGACAUGGAAAACUGACUUUUUAGUGUCCUGCCACAUACCCGUUUUUCAUUUUUCUGUGAGCAUGAGGAAUGACUCUAUGCUCCAUUUCAACUGUUUCUCUUUGGGCAGGGCCCCUGGCCAGAGCUGUUGGGGGUGGGAGGGAGGAGGAGCAUGGUCAGCGAGAACCCAGAGAGCAUUGGUUCAUUCCAGCCACCACAUCUGGUCUUACAUUCUUGCCUCAUACUGAUUUUCUAUGAUUUUUUCCUUCUUCAUAGGGACUUGGAGACAGUCAGGCUUUGCUACUUCCUAACUGCCAGGCACCUCUCAAACCCUCAUUGUCUACAUUCCUCAGAGGGAAUGAGAGGAUCUCGACAGUCUCUUUCUAUUCUGAUACUUUGAAAAGGGAAAAGACACUAUUAGUUCUUCUUUACUAUUUAAUUAUCCAAAGCAAAUAAUCUUUCCCCAGAGAAUGUUUUGCCCUAGAAGAAAUGAAGAUUUAGCCAUUUUUAUAAUUGGUCCAAACACAUCUGUCCAGUAUUUUGUCACUUCUUACAGGAUGAAUCAAACAGUUUAUUAGCAGAGGGCCAAAAUGCCUAAGAGGCUCUUCAAAGACCAUGGACAGUCUCUUCAUUCUAGAUCCAGUGAGCGCUUUUCAGAGACUGUGGCCUGCUAGAGUAUCCUCUGUUCCAGGGUCUCAUCUGUCCACAGUUGUACAUGUCAAAUCUGCCUCGGUCUUUAUUUAUAACAUUAGCCAUGGUCCUGAGCAGUUAAGCUUUUUGCCAGUGUUUAGGGGUACCUGAGCACUUGUGAUUUAUUUGUGUUAGAAAUGGUUAUAUUUAGGACAAAUAAGAUUUGACAGAUCCUAGAUACCUUAUCUUAUUAAAUUCGUAAACUUUGUUCUUCCAAAGAUUAACUUGUUCUUACCAUUGAUGACUUUCUGAAAAGUUUUCCAGAAAGUUUUUUUUUUUUUUAGUGUAUUUUUCCCAUUCAUGUAACAGGAAGCCAGGAUAUUUAGCCUGACUUGGUAAAAGAAAAUAUUGUAUUUUUAAUAAAACAUGCAUCAUGUUGGUAAAACAUUAGGGGUGGGACACUUUAUUAUGUUCCUCAACAAAUUAUUUCUCUAGCUAGAGGUGUCCUCUGGGUCAAGUAAAACUUAACUUGGAGUCAUUUAUGUCCAGCUUAGGUACCCGAACAGUUUGCAGAAAUGUAUAUUUUUUUCUGAAGGGUAAACAAUUUAAAUAGCUUCUACAUAGCUUUAAUGUUUCUGUACAGAAAUAUGUUUAUCACUGUAACAUUGUGGUAGAGUUUUAAUAACAGUAUUUAGUUUUUUAUUGGGCUUUUUAAAUAAAAAAGUUAAUUUUUAACAUAGCUGCUCAGGGAUUAAAUCAGAUUGGAAAACCCAUUCUGACUCCACAUAAUACUACAAAGAAAUAAAUCGUUAUUCAUAUUGAGCUGCAGGGGAUAGUAUACCUAAACUUUCUUAAGAAAGUUAAGUGUUUCACAAUGAUACUGCAAUAUAAUCUUCAGCAACUUUUUCAAUUGGUGGAAUCUCUGGUGGUGUGAGAUUCCAACCUCUUUUCCAACCUGUGAAAUCCAUAUCUGGACAAAUCACCAGCUCCCACGAGCAGCUUCAUGUAAAUAGAUGCACUCCAAGUGGAUUGCAUGCCUCAGGUAUUUGUCUUCUACUUCUAGUAAUCAUGGAGUGUGGAACAUCCAGAUCAACACACAUUUCAUUACAAGGGGAGAGACUGCAAACACCAGGUCCUUGAUAAAAACCCUUAAUGCUGCAUCUCUGCUAGUUGUAAGGAGAUACCAGAAUGGAGGCAAGUUUUGCUAUGUGGAGGAAACUGAUUAUGUACUGUACUUUGAUACAUGAAUCUGCCUAAUGCAGUUACCAGAAACUGCUUGGCACUGUGGCCAUGCAUCUGAGAUGCCAUUCCUUGAACAUGUAAGGAAACACUUGCAUCUGUGUGGAUUGUAUUUGAUCGGAAUAUUAUAACUUGCAUAAAAAAAUAGAAAAUAUAUCCAGUUGGUUCAAGCUUAAGAUGUAUUUUGAGUCUGUUCUUGUAACUGUAGAAACAUCAGCUUUUGUAUAUAAUGCUCAACUUGCACUUGACUAUCAAAUCCAUUAAAAACAAAUCUUGCACAUGA